GCAUUAUAAAGAUAGACCAGGUGCCAUUGUGUCAACUGUGCAGAGGCUGUUGGAUGUGUCCAUGAAAAAGGGAGCAGCAGUCAAGAAAGAACUACAGCAGCUUUAAGAACAGAAUGGUUGCUAGUCUGUUAAAUGCAUUAGUUGCAUGAUCACACUGACAAUUGGAUUGGGAGGGACAACUUUGAACACCCCCUCAGGCCUUGUGGACCUAACCCUACCAGUUAAGGUGUCCUCCAUCCCUGAGCAUGGGGACAGAAGACUAUAUCCGAACAAUAGAAUGGCAGAUGAUGGACAAGCACAAGUUCUUUCCCCUAAGCAUGUUAAGUUCCUUCACCAUUCGAUGCAUCCUCUAUCCCCUGACAUUGAUAAAGACGAGGAUACAAAUUCAGCAUCGGGAAGGCAUGUAUCGUGGCACUAUUGAUGCUUUUAGUAAGAUAUUUAGAACUGAAGGGAUUAGUGGACUCUAUAAAGGCUUCUGGGUAAGUACUGCCCAGAUUUUUUCUGGGGUGUUUUACAUCACGACGUAUGAAAAUGUACGUCACAUCCUUGCCAGAAACAAUCUUCAUGACCGGACACUGAAGGCAUUGGUGAGUGGUGGGUGUGCAUCAGCAGUAGGUCAGACUAUCAUUGUCCCAUUUGAUGUGAUCUCCCAACAUGUGAUGGUGCUUGGUCAGACAGACAAUUGCCCAAAGCAUGGAAAAGUUGUUGUGAAUCCCCUGGAUAUCAAGUUUCAUGAACGUACAAAAACUCAAGUUAUUGUGGAUAUCACAAGAGAACUGUACAAGCGUGAUGGCAUCAGAGGCUUCUAUCGUGGAUAUUUGGCUUCCUUGUAUGCUUAUGUACCUAACAGUGCAUUGUGGUGGUCAUUCUACCACUACUAUCAAGAUCAGUUGAGGAGCAUUAGCCCUCCAUGGGUAUCUCAUCUACUUCUGCAAGUUGUGGCAGCACCAUUAGGGGGAAUGACUACCACCAUUCUAACUAAUCCUUUGGACAUUGUCCGUGCCAGACUACAGGUGCAGCGCCUGGAUUCCUUUUCAAGGACAUUUUUACUUCUGUGGAAUGAGGAGAGAUGGAACAUUUUCACAAAGGGUCUUUCAGCCCGAAUCUUCCAGUCAUGUUUUUUCAGUUUUGCCAUUGUCCUCGGCUAUGAGUCAAUCAAACGUAUGAGUAUCAAUGAGGAGUACAAGGAGGGGGUACGUUGGUGAUGUGGUGCUUUCCUUGUCUUUUUUCUCAGUAGGACAACUAAUUUUUUUGUUUCCUGCUGUAUGAAACAUCCAAGUUUAGUGCAAUAUGGUCUAGUGAUUGUUGAUUGCUCCCAUUUUACCUUAGAGAGC